GGGUUGAAGCUUCGGGAGUGCUAUGAUGAUUAGAGAAUCCGUUCAUCUGCACCGCUGGUGGUUCUCCAGCGGACCCGGAACCAACAAAAACACCCAGAGUUUUUGAACCAUUGGUUCAUCUGUAGGAUAUUGAAGAGACUUGUAAGAUCUAAGUUGUAAGAGAUAAGUUGCAUAAAGGAAGUCGUCCUCCCCUCUUCCCCCCUCCCCCAUUGUCCAAUCUUAUAUUCAGCCAGGUCACCUCCUGUUAUCGUUCCAUCAUACAGUCUGCCAUAAUAGGUUAUCUGGUCCGUCCUCUCGCCGCACACACGAAUCCAAGCACUGCUCAUGUUACGAGAACCUAUUAGGACAUACCAUACCACGGACCACGGGGAAGAAAUAAAUGAAGAAAUGAAGUUCCCCUUCCCCCUCGCCCUCAGCGCACUUGCCGCACUCGCGCCCCUUGCAUGGGCCACCCCCGCAAUUGCCGCGCACUCAAAAGGGUUAGAACAACCACCCUACCGCACGGGACUCUCCGAUCUGGACCCGCAGGUGCAAUUCUGCGCGAGCUAUUUCCUCUGCAAGACUGAUGAAGAGUGUUCGAAGCUGGAAGAUUGCAGGGUAAAAGCCCAUUAUGACCCGACCAGAAUCUUUUGUGGGUACCUUUUCUAUUACUAUCAAUGUGUUGUACGCGGAUCUCCAGAUCCUUAUGCCAGCACGAGGUUUGAUAAGGCAGCUGCUGGGCUGUCUGCUCCUACUUCUACUGCUGUUGCUGCUGCUUCUGCUCAUAAUUUUGCUCCUACUGCUGCUUCUCAAAUGUGAAUAAUGAUGAUGGUGAUGGUGACGAUGAUGAUUUGAAUCUGUUUGAUGUUUCUUCUUUUUCUCUAUAUCCUUGAAGACAUCAACUGUGUAUGGCACUUGUUUUAGCUCUUGCUAUUUUUGUUAGAAGUUUUCAUAUUAUCACAAAGUUUCAAUCUGUCUACUCGGGGCCUCUCAAUGUGUUUUGAGUUGAUGCAGGCAUACCUAAAUUGGCUCACUAUUCACAUUUGGCCCCCAUGCCUGAGAAAGAAAGUGCUUGCUCUGCUUGGUUUGCAGGAAUAUGAUUAUAUAUCCGCUUGAGAUGGUAUAAUAUAGAUAGAUCUCUUUGAGACAUCUUGAGGAGCUACAAGGUAGGCAGGCAGGCAGACAAAAAAAAAGCGAGUAAAUCUUUCAAUCUUCAACCCCCUUUUACAGGCAGAGGUCUCAAAGAGAAUUGGCAGACAGAGGGCAGAGUGGCAGAGAUCUCUAACUAUUUUCAUAAACUAUGUAUGAGUGUUUCGUCACCGAGACAAGAGAACUUUAACCUCGCUCAUCAUUAGCGCCAUCAUCAUCAUCAUCAUCGUCAUCAUCAUCACCUUCAUCUCUCAGGACAGAUACGCUACAGCGUAGUAUGGGCUAAAAGUGUAAUAGCAGACAGAACAUUGGAAGCAAACCUUGGGAGUUAGGUUACGGUGGGGUGGGGGUGGAGGGAGAGGAGCUAAGCACCGAAUUCAGCCGCUCACCUGCCGCUUGGGGUCCGCCGCCCAACAACGUUUGACAGGCGGAAAUAUUUUUCUAGCUCUAUCUUGUCACACCUAGGAGAGAAACAAUGGAAAUUCAUUAGAGCUCCGAAGGAAGAAGGGGGGAAUAUAUUGGGUGCUAAAUAUAUAGCCAACACACACAGGUAUGGUUAUAAUAGUUGAGAUGAGUAUAUAUAGACAGUAAUCUGCGACAUUGCAGAGUAUAUAAAAAAACAAAGAAAAAGAGAGAAAUUGAUCUAUGUUGAGAUGCAGGUGAGUGUUCAAAAAUACAAUACAAAGCUGUAAAGAACUGCUUUUUUUAGUUAAAAUCUGUUUAUUAAUUAGUGUCUGAGAUUGAUCAGAACUUCAUAUAUAGAGAGUG